CUCUGGUUGACUGUCAAAAAUUAAAUAGCCCAUAAUUUGUUGUUCUUUUACUUCGCCAUUCAUACAUGCCGCAUAUUUUUUCGUCUAAAUUUAUUUGGUAUUGUACGAGUUAUAAAGACAUAAGUUAGAAACAUGGCUGGUCUCGCAGCGGCUGCCGGAAUCUUAUCAGUGAGGAUUGUCGGUCAACAAUCGAGCAUUACAGGCCGAUCCCUGUUACAUACAACUGCAGUAAGACACCGUAGAAAACCACGCUGGUUGGGUACCGCAAAAAGUAAACUAUUUCGUGUACCAGAACGACAGAAACAAUCUGAGGAAGAGCGUGCUGAAUUAAAACGAUUGCACAACAAUUAUCAUACACAAAUGAAAGCUGUAAGGCGCUUCCUGACGGACGAAGUUGAAGCCUUUAAGCUUGUGUCUCGUGCUGGAAUGGUUUUACAAACACCAGAGGAGGAAGCAGCUGAGUGGGAGCAAGCGCAGAAAAUCAGUGAAGAGUGGAACCGAAAAAUUGCAGAAGAGCGCGAUCGACGCCUUGCGGCUGAGCGCGAAGCAAAAGAAAAGUACAUCCUGGAACGUUUAGUUGCUAAAGAACAGCGCGAACAAGAAAAGUCUGAACAGAUCGAGGAACGUGUUCGUUUGGCGAAAGAAGAGUCAAAAAGUUUUAUCACUAGAGACAACAUCGAUCAAGCUAUCGAGAAUGCACUGGUGCAGCCAAUCAGCUAUAAUUUUUCAUUAGAUUUGGAUGGAAACAUCCGUCGAGAUAAUGAGAACCAACAAGAUCAGCAAGAUAAAAAUUCCUAAAUCGCAAAGCUUUAGGCUGUGUAGUUAAACAUAUUAAAUGAAAAUUUGUUUUAAAUGAA